AUGGUUCAUCGUGCAAUGCAUUUUACUCCACAGGUCCUGCUGUCCGCUCCUCGGAGGUCCGCAGGUGUUCCUAAUCCUUCCGGAACCAAGAUCCUCUACACGACGUCCACCUACUGCUUUGAAACUCAUAAGAAGACGACUGAGCUGCGAGUUCUGGAAGUUCAGACGGGCGAGAGUUUCCAGCUGGCCAAGGACGAUGAUAUCUCGGACCUGAACUGGUUGGACGAUGAUGCAUUCGUCUGCUUGCAGGCCGAGAAAGACUCCACCACGAAGGUAUUUUGGGCCAGUGUCAGCAAGACUAUCGGUGGAGCGAAGCUAGGCGAGGGCUACUAUGUGGCUGGAACAGUGGAUGCACCAGCUGCAAAUCUGAAGGUCAAAAAGCUGAAGGAUGGUGGCUUUGCCGUUGUUCUGUCCGCGGAAGCAAGUCCUGAUGGUGGCCUGUUCAACCCAAAGAAAGCGAAGAAGACUCACGCUACCGGGAAGCUGUACAAGAGCCUUUUCGUCAGGCACUGGGAUCGAUGGGAGACCAAGCAGAAGAAUGCGCUCUGGUUCGGAAAGCUGAGCAGGAAUGGCCACCAUGGGAAAUACGAACUGUCGACGCUUACCAAUGCCAUGAAGGGAAGACCGUUGGAGUGCCCAAUUCGGCCUUUCGGAGGCGCCGACAAUUUUGAUCUCACUCAUGACAGAAUCAUCUUCGUGACUAAGGACCCAGAGUUGAACCCCGCUUUGAACACGAAAUGUAAUGUCUAUAUUCUCAAUGUUCCGUCUUGGACCGGAGAGAAGGAGACAAAGCUUACUCAGAUCUACUGGGACAACUUGCAAGGCGCCUGCACGAGCCCUGUCUUCAGUCCAGACGGUGACUCGGUUGCGUUUCUGGGCAUGAAGACCAAUGGCUACGAAGCAGACAAGAACGAGAUCUUCCUCUUGUACAACGUUCGCACGCAAGUGACAGAACAGACGACUUCGGUCAAGGCUGAGCGACUGUCAAUUUUCCAUGAGUGGGAUCGGAGCCCGUCGUCCAUCAGCUUCACGCCUGAUGGAAAAUCUUUGGUCUUUGUGGCCGAGGAUGCUGGUGCUGCGAAACUGUUUGAGAUCACACCCAAGAGACUGGCAGACCCUCGCCUUCCAAAACCGCUCACGUCACGCGGGUCCAUCAGCGAAGUUCAUUGCCUGCAAGAUGGACGUGUUUUCGUAUCUGGAAGCUCAUUGAUCGACAACUCCUUCUUUGCCAUUGUGGAUCGUACUGCCACGACUGCGACGAUGGCUUGGACACACUCCAAUUCCGGCGAAGGCGACAAGUUUGGGCUCAAGUCGGCGCAGGUAUCGGAUGUUUGGACCCCUGCGAGUAACCCGUACGUCAACAAAGAGGUGCACAGUAUAGUCGUAAGGCCGAGCAAUUUCAAUAGCGACAAGAAGUAUCCCGUCGCAUACGUCAUUCAUGGUGGACCGCAAGGCGCCUGGGCCGAUAGCUGGAGCACGAGGUGGAACUUGGCGGUCUUUGCCGAGCAGGGCUACAUUGUCAUUGCCCCCAAUCCAACUGGAAGUACUGGGUACGGGCAGGCUUUCACCGAUAGUAUUCGUCGAAACUGGGGUGGAGAUCCAUACCAGGACAUUGUCAAUGUCUUUGAGUGGGUUGGCGAGAACAUGCCCGAAGCGGACAACGAUCGCGCCGUUGCGCUUGGGGCGUCUUACGGCGGAUAUAUGAUGAAUUGGUAAGACUUGAGUCGCUCAGACAAACCAAACUCCCUAGAAGCUCCGCUGAUGUAGGAUGCAGGAUCCAAGGGCACGAUCUCGGCCGCAAGUUCAAGUGUCUGGUCUGCCACGAUGGCAUCACUAGCUUCGCAGGCGCUAUGCUCGGCACGGAAGAACUUUACUUCCCCUUAUACGACCUUGGGGGAACUCCCUGGUAUGACCCAGGCUUCAAACCAGCUCCCGGCGACGCAUCGACUGCGGCGCAAGGCAACCGAAACUUCGGCUCCGCAAUGCUGUCGGACUGGCGCAAAUGGGACCCCAGCGAGCAUUUCGCGAACUGGUCGACGCCACAGCUCGUCAUCCACAGCUCCAGGGACUUCAGGUUGCCGAUUGCGGAGGGACUCGCGGCUUUCAACGUCCUCCAGGCCCGCGGGGUCGACAGCGAACUCCUCCACUUCGAUGAUGAGAACCACUGGGUCUUGAAGCCAGAGAAUUCGUUGCUGUGGCACAAGGUCGUGCUCAACUGGAUCAACAGGUAUUCCGGUCUGGAGGCUUUCUCGACGGAAGACGAGGAGAGCGAGGCAUUCUACGGUGGCGUGGAGGAGAUGGACAGGGAGAAGGAUGCGGAGAUGCCGACUCAGGGGAGAGUGGAAAUGUAA